AUGGGCCUUUUUUCCUGCGAAAAGUCUGUAAUACCCUUCGCGCACCUGUUUUACCGCUCAAUUACGAGAAAUAUCAUUUACGCAUUUUCAUCUAAAAAUCAUCUAAAUUCAAUUCAUAAAGAUUCUCUUCCUCUUACAUUUUUUGAUCUCUUAUGGCUUAGAAAUCCUCCAAGUCGUCGCCUUUUCUUCUUCCAAUACCCAUAUUCACUCCACUGCUUCUCUCAGACUGUCCUUCCUCGACUCAAACAAUCUCUCUCUGCCGCCCUAAACCCAUAUCCGCACUUCGCCGGAAACGUUACUUGGCGAAGCAGUCUCCGUCACCAUUGCCGAAGCCACCACCGUCGUCAAUUUCCAACGCAUCUCAAUCAAGGAGAACCUCUGCCAAGUAGACAACAUUUUCUCCUUCCUCCCACCUUGUUUGUAUCUCCCGAAUGGGCUGCCGUGAUGUCCCUACAGAUCACCCUAUUUCCGAACAACGGUUUCGGCAUAGGUUACACCUCAAAUCACGCUGUGAUCGACGGCAAAACCACGACAUUGUUCAUGAAAUCAUGGGCUUGGUUUUGCAGAUCCGGCGGAGACACGACGACGUUACCGGCAGAUCUGACCCCGUUCUACGAUCGGAAUGUUAUAAAUACGAAUUUGAAUGAUUUGAACGAAGCUUAUUUAGCACAUUACUUGAAAUAUGAAGGAGAGAGUUAUAAAACACUUAUGAAAUUGGAAAUUAUCUCUCUGCCAGAUAUGGUGAUAGGCAAUUUCAUGUUAACAUGGGCGAUCUUUAGCUUGGAAUCUUUCAUUUUCAGGAUGUCGGAGGAGAUUCUAACGAUCUCUCUGAAAGAUGGAUGCUUCAUACAUGGUCGCGGUAGCGUUGGCGGUAUGGUAUGGAUGGAAGUUUCUAGAAUGGAUUUGGUUGAAACCCAAGAGGAUGGAGAAGCAUCUGGCAAGUCAAGGAUUCAGGGGAAAUCCAUAUAG